AUGGUGGGUAGACCGGGCGGUAAUCGUGGUAACCUCCUUGGCGGGGAGAUGGGGGGUAGAUCGGGCGAUACUCGUAGUACGAUCCUUGACGGGGAUCGUUGUAUGAGAUCGGGGUGGGACUCGGAGCACCUUGAUGGUAUGUCGCCCGAGGAUCGUAGUACGAGCCUUGGUGGCCAGUUUGGCUGGAACUCUGGCCGGCGCCUUGGGGUGAACUCGGGCCGCCAACUUGGGGAGAACUCGGGCCGCCGACUUGGGGGGAUCUCGGGCCGACACCUUGGGGAACAACCAAUGGAGGCGGUACUUUCCACCCGGGAUAUGGCGUGA